AGAUGGAUGAACUUUUGUUGUACCUGGCUCAUUGACAAACCCUUGCCCUGAUCGCCGCCUGCCACGUUGUUCCCGGAGCGCUCCUUGACCAUCACAGGAGUUUGAAUCGAACAGAAACCUUCUUUGUUGUAUUUAUGGAUCGCAGGCGGCUUAGCUGACUCGCCGCUGGUUCCUUCUCUGCUUCUCCUCCCAUUCUUUAACUUAGUACCCACCCCCUUACGCCCGCUUCAACGGCGCCUGCUAAGGAUAUACUCUGUUGGGCGUCAGCUUGGAUAUUAGUCCUCUGCCAAUAUCUAUCCUCUUCCUCCGUCGUCCGCCACAUACCUUGGCCUUCAAAGUCAACCACACAGCUUUACCAGCUGAUACACUUCGCCGAGACCUGGACAAUAUCAUGGAUCGACCUUCAUCACCAUCAUACCGCGAGCGCCGAGGACCGCAUAUCUAUGUUCAUCUGGAGGUUGGCAUCUCGUGGUCUUCCAAAAAACAACCCAAGAACCAUGAAGUAACAUAUGGGUCAAGAGGAUCAAAGGCGGUGCGUGAGAAAGAGCAAUGUCCGGGCCCCAAGCUUCCCCGUCAAAUGUCAUCCCCCGAUCCCACCUACCUAGCCGCCAUCCACGAUUUCGAACAAAGGCAAUCGAGGACCCGAGAAAGCCGGAAAGCUGCUCGUCCACUUUCGCAGAUCAACCCUGCUGCUUCGAUACCGGACACUCGUCUUGGUCCCCAUCACCAAAUGCAGGAAUACUAUCAAGUGCCCGGAUAUUAUGGGCCAGCCCAACACGCAACGCCAUCCCGGCAGCAGCGACGACGGUCCCGGUCUGGGUCAAAAUCUGCUGGGGAAAGGGGUCAUUCGGCACCACCACCCACCGGUGAAAACCCCUGGGAUGUAGGGUUGGUAGGGGACCAAGCAGCGGGACCAUCGAAUUCAAGACCAGAGCUGUCCCCACGUCCCCCAUCGGAUGUCUGGAAAGCCCUACCAGCGGCCCCAAACCAGUUUCGUCUCGGAGAGGCCGGUAUGCCAUGGUCAUCACCAAUGGUAUUUGAGACAGGGGCUGCUUCGCAGAAUGAUGAUGUCUCGGACCUCCCAUCGGCCCAUCAUCGUCAGCAGAGCAUACCUGAUUUCCAUCCGGAUGAUGAAGGGUCCAUUUACGAAGCCAGCCCCGUCACAGGCAUCUCUGUCUUCUCGCCUGGACCGAGUAAUUCCCAAACUCGUGGGGAUUCCGACCCGGGUAGUGUACGAGAUCUAGAGGAACUAUCAGCAGCAAUGGUGACGGUGGAUAACGGGUUUGAGAACCAGUGGUGGAAUCAAGGGCAACGGCGAAGCAUGAUCCCUCCAGCUCCGAUCGAAGAGCCGCCAUCCCUCAACAGAAGGAUCUCGGCAAGAUCACUUGGCUGGGCAGUAGCGAACAGCAGCAAUACGCCACCGCGGGAGGAGAUACCCAGUAUGAUGCCUAGUAUUGCUGCAUCCGACAUUGUUUCACCUCUGUCCGAGUACUCAACGCUAGCCUUCAGUCCACCACAGGCUCACCACUCUCUUCACCGUUCGAUGUCGACGAGGUCGGAGGAGAUGUGGUUGACCACUAGGGAUUUCUGAGGAUGACGCAGGACACAUAAACACGACAGAUGAAGAUAUGCUUGGACUUGGGGCGUGUGAGGUACUGAGAGAGGAAAAGUGGCUAUUGCCAUAUAUUGUUAUUCAUGGUUAGGCGUUUCUGGCAUAUUUUCUACCUGGUGUUCUUCUCUUGGUUGUUUCUUC